AUGUCAAAUUUAGCCCAACAAACAUUACCCCCUCCUCAACAACAACAACAACAACACUUAUUACCGCAACCGAUACAACCGCUACAACAACAACAACAAGUAACCGGCGUUACCGCCGGUAGUGUUGGCGUCAUAAACGGUGGCCGCUUUGAUUUCGACGACGGCGGUACCUACUGUGGCGGCUGGCACGACGGCAAAGCUCACGGACACGGCAUAUGUACCGGACCUAAAGGUCAGGGCGAAUAUUCGGGGUCGUGGCACUACGGUUUCGAGGUUAGCGGCGUCUAUAAGUGGCCGUCGGGUGCCACUUUCGAAGGCCAAUGGCAAAACGGUAAACGGCACGGUAUCGGUGUGGAAUACAGGGGCAAAUGGGUCUACAAAGGCGAAUGGACACAAGGCUAUAAGGGCCGGUACGGUGUACGGGCCAGUCUACUGUCCAAUGCCAAAUACGAGGGCACCUGGGCUAACGGUCUACAGGAUGGCUACGGGUCGGAAACCUAUGCCGAUGGCGGUACCUAUCAAGGCCAAUGGUUAAGAGGUAUGCGACACGGCUACGGUGUCCGAUCGUCGGCACCGUACGGCCACUGUAACAUUACAAAAGCCAUAGUGACCAGCGCUACGAAUGCAUCGCUACAGUCGCUGGACACUGAGGGCGAGUCCCAAAUGGGCGAUCAACGCAGGGAUAUUGUACGCGGAGGUUUCGUAKUGGUUGCCCGUAACUCGUUUCGCGAUAGCGGUAAACGCCGUAAUUCGUUGGUCGAGAAAACAUCGGGAAUUCGSGGGAAUUUUCUGUUCAAAAACUUGCGACUSMGAAAACAACGAUCGACCGGCGAUAUUGAUGUCAAAUCYAAUAAGUCGACGACACCGUCGUUGGUAUCGUCCCGAGAAGCUUCGGAAACUGGUUCGGCCGCUUCGUUCAAAGAUCAGGACCAGGAUGUCGGCUCAAAUGCAUCGUUUCUAUCGCAAAACGGCGACAUAAGCGAUCCGACCACUACCGAAACGUAUGCUGGCGAAUGGAAAAACGAUAAGCGAUGCGGUUUCGGUGUAUGCGAACGGUCGGACGGGCUCCGGUAUGAAGGCGAAUGGUAUAACAAUAAAAAGUACGGCUACGGUGCGACCAUAUUCAGGGACGGUACUCGGGAAGAGGGCAAAUACAAGAACAAUCAGUUGGUCACUAAUGUCAGGAAAAAACAUUUGUUUGUUAUACGAUCGUCGAAAGUACGGGAACGUAUCGAGUCGGCCAUUGUGGCCGCCCAUAGAGCCCAACAGAUUGCCCUACAAAAGUCGGAUAUUGCUGUGAGUCGUACAUCGACGGCCCGAUCGAAAGCCGAACAAGCCGAUUUUGGUGCCGGUUCGGCCCGCAACGACUCCCAAAUGGCCUACAUUACGGCCAAACAGUACGGCGGUAUCGAUCUGAGUCAGUCUCAUUCCUUGGACGCACCGCUCAGGCGACGGCUGUCCGACUUUUCGCAGAUCAGGCGAAACACUCGCGACAGCGGCGGCGGUGGCGGCGUCGGCGGCCCCGGACACCAACCACCGCUGGAUAACCGAAACGCCAUUCAGCCAAACAAUCCAAACGUCGCCGCCGCCAACCGACAGUUUCUCGACCCUAACGAACCGUUUGGCGGACGUCGAGGCAGUUUCCGUACACAUAAUAAUCAGUCAUCGAUGGCAACACAACAACAACAGGCUAUCUAUCCUCAACACGGACUACAACCCCAACAACAACAACAGCACCGUAUGCUUCAGCAGCAGUUGCCAAACCAAUUGCCACAUCAUAUGCAACCACAACACAACUUUAGUAGACAACAACACCACCAACAACAACAACAAUCAAGUGUCCAUCAACUACUGCCACACCAUCCUAACUAUCAACAGUCGUCGAUACCAUCGAUGACCAACGAUCCGUUUGGACAGACAUUUAGCGAUCAUUUUGAUCAAUACCAGACACUGGUAUCAAAAUACUCAAACAUACAAAAGCAGCGAUCAUUUUCUCCUAAUUCUUCGACAAAUCCAAUGAUAUCAUCUAAUGUUCAAAAUAUUAGUAAUUUAAAUAAUAAUAGGUUUUCUAAUUAUAAUCCCUUACCUCCCGAUGUCCAACCAUUUAAUACAAGUAGUAGCGGUAGUAAUAGAAAUUUAUUAAUGAAUUUUAAUAAUAAAUCCCAAAUCCCGUCGACACCCGGCGGCGAUCCGUUAGCGGCGGCGGCGGGUGUAAGCCUUGAUGAAUGCCUUAAACAACAGUUUCGGACGGCAGCGGCAGUGGCCGGCACUUCGGGUGGUAUUAAUAACGAUAAUAAUAAUAAUAACAAUGACUAUGAAAACGAAGAUACUUUCGACGAGUCCUCAGGUCCUCAGCCUAAACAAUGGAGGACAGCCUCACUAUACAGACCGCCAACAAUACCAACUGCUGCUCAAAAUCAUAACCAGAAGCUAAGUGCCGGCGGCGGCGGUGGUGGAGGAGGUGGUGGUCUGAAACGUAAACCAUCGCUACAGCCAAACGUUGUCAAACAGGUUAACAAACCGAUGAUGAGUCGCGAAGAAGUAUCCGUAUUGUCACACAACCGACGGGAACAGCAACGCCAGGAACUGGAGCUCAAGGAAAAGCUAUCGCGAAAUCCAUUACUCUAUCUAACAAAUCCUCGGUUUACUAAUUGGCUAAAUAGGCAACAGUUAGUUAUGUUAGUACUUGUAAUCAAUAUAUCAUUGUUUAUAUUAUUUUUUAAAUUAUUGAUUUGAAAUGAAAGAGAG